AUGUUUUUCCUGAGCUGUCAGGUUCUACAGGCAACGCAGCGCCAGGUGAAAAAACUCCCGGGUAGCGAGAUUUCCAACUGGGAUGACCGCGUCUUGAACUCGCGCAUCAACAACAAGGCGAACAGGCCCAUCCUUGAGAGGAAUGAAACUGUGCAGGAAGUUCUGGCCCAGAUCAAGAUGACCCAGGAUGCGGAUUUCAACAAACCCAGAGUCGUUGCUCUUUGGAGCCCAAGAGGCACCGGGAAGACAUCGCUCCUUCGACACCUUGCCCAGAGGGAGGAAUACGCCGAAAGCCGCAAGUGCGGACGCCUGCUUGUCUUGGAUGCUCAAGUCGUAAGAGACUACGUAGAUCAGGAUCCUGAGAGGCUAGUGCGCGCCAUCAUCAUCUGGCAUCUUCUUCAAAUCUUUCACGAGCACACUGUGAACGAUGUGACAUUUCAGGCCACGAGUUUUGCAGAUGUGAUGGAGCUUGUGAAGGGCAAGGCCAACGAUGACCGAUUCAACACCAAUCUCAGAUCGUGGUUUUAUCAGUCUGGUCGAACCGUAGGGCAAGUGCUCGAACAGUGGAGGUCCCUGACUGGAACAGCAUUGGGGGCUUCAGACACCUGUCCUUUGCUGAUCUUCAUGGAUCAAGCGGAGCUGCUAGCAAAAGAACAGCAGGCGAUACGGAGUAGCAAGGGUGGCAUAAAGUCUGCCUUCACCAAUCUAUGCAGCCACCUACCCCAGAGAAUGGGAGUCUUUUGUGCUGGCACUUUGAACUUGAUGGAAGGAGUUCCGCACACCGAGUACACCCAGCUAAUGGUUCAUCGGAUGCCCGCGCUUGCACCCUUGUCUGGAGAAGCGGCUGCCACGAUGAUGGUCCAGAGGAGCGGGAAGCAGUACGGGAACGAUGUGUUGAAGCAGGUGCAUCUUUUCUCUGGUGGAGUGCCUCGUCUUCUGGAGUUUGCUUUCCAGGCACCUGGCGAGCUGUCAACAGAAGUAGUUGCCAUGAAUGCAAUGACCAUGUGCUUCAGCGACUCCUACGCAUCUGCCGCACCCUUCUUUGACAAUUCAGGUGUUGCUCUGUCGCUGGUUCUUUGCUCGGCGGUUCGCUGGAAAGUGUGUGAGCGGGCCAAAGUACCUGGCACGGAUAUCCCCUGGUCAGAGAUCUUCCAUGCAGGAGCUGCGUUUCCAUCUGGUGACACCGUGCUGGUCCCGAGGCUGUGGUGGUGUCGGGACGUGGCGGUCUCUGAGACGCUCCAACAAAAUCUGGAAGAUGUCAACAUCUCCUUGGAAGAUCUUUUGCCAGAUGCCAUGAAGUUGCUGCAGAAGAGCGGAGGGCCAACCGCAAGAGGUGUGCCAUGGGAAAAAUGUGUGGCAAAUGCACUGGCUGCAAGGUUUCGCCUGCAUUGCAUGGAAAGAAAAUCGAAUGCCAACGAUACCUGGGUUCCGUUCUUGGAGCUCUACCCCACGCAGGAUGAGCAUUUGCGUAGGGUUUUGCAGCCUUUUGAGGUAUGCUGGUGCGACGGUGUUGAUCUUCCGACGAAAGAAGCCACGGUUUUAGACAAGGUUGGGCGAGCCAUCAAGUGCAACUCUGCCUGUGCCUCAGCUCACCACGACUUGCUGAUCCCAGUGCGCCGAAGAGACACAGGGACCGAGUACAUGGCUGCGCAGUGCCGCUACGGCAGCAUCAAGGGAGCCAACGAAUUGGACAAAACAAGCCAAGCCAAAGCCAGGAAGCCGCAGAGGGGUGAAACCGUUGAGGACAUGCCCAAUGUGCUGCUCCAAAUCUGCAGCGAGGCCAAAGCGGGCUAUCAGGAGUUUCAAAGCAGACCUUGGAAAGAUCGUCAGGACCAGCACAGAUACAGUCUCAUGAACUGCAGCGAGAUCAUUGCACAGCUGGAGUGUUUUCGCCUCUUGCGCUAA